AUGCAACCUGAUUUUGAUUCUCAAGAUGACUCUGGGGUUAAUAAGUACAGUGACUCCCCGGAAUUUGAUGCGUUAAAGGAUCGUAUAAUUGAGCAGUUGUUUGAAAUCAAUGGGCAGAUAAACACCAUUAACCAGUUUAGUUCAACUUUGGAAAAGUUUUUGAAUAAUGAGGGAGAUAAUUCUCUAAAUGUAAAAGUUAUAGAUAACAUUGAUAAAAAAGCUAUUCAAAAUAUUGAAAAGAUUAAAGGGCUGAUAAGUGUAAUAAAUGAAGAAGUUUGUAAAGUUGAGAAGAUCGAGGUUGCAGAGCUGAACCAACUACAAAUAAUUGCAAAGGAUAAAAUAAUAAGAGAUAUACGUUCUUCCAUAAAAGAGUUUCAGAAUUUACAAAAACGUUACACUGCGUUGAUAAAAAGAAUCAAUGAAAAGGCUAGACUUCAAUUGGAGAAUAAACAUGCAUUGUUAGUCGAAGAAGAAAAUGAGGCAACUCAGCAUGUAGGUCAAGCUCCAGUACAAAUACAAAACAAAAAUAUAGUCAUUCCAAGAGAAAGUAUUAAUAAUGAAGAAUUUGCAUACCAACAGAAUCUGAUACGACAAAGAGAUGAAGAGAUUAUAAAUAUUGAAAGAGGUAUAACUGAAAUAAAUGAUAUUUUUACUGAUCUCAGUAACGUUAUCCAAGAUCAAGGUAUGAUUGUUGACAACAUUGAAGCAAAUAUUUAUUCUACUUUGGAUAAUACCCAGUUAGCAUCUAAUGAAUUAAAUAAAGCAAUGAGAUACCAAAGAAAAUCAAGCAAAUGGUGUUUGUAUUUGUUGAUGAUCUUAACAAUAAUGCUUUUUUUUAUGAUGUUAGUUAUUCUUAUUUAG